UCAGUUUACAAGUCAGUUAGAGUUGAGUUGGUUAAAGUCGACUCCAAGUCGACUUCGGUAUAUCAAUGAUCUUUACCAAAUUGAGAGCGUUAUACACGAAUUAUGUUCAAACGUCAAUUAUACUUAUUACACGCUACGCGAUUGA